CCCACGACAAGACCACCAUACCGUCCCGAUUCUUUCUGCCUAACGCGCUACUUCCGGUCCACCGUUGCCCACAAAAUCUCAACCGCCUUUCUCCAAUCUACAAGAGACCAUCACUCGACAGACCAGCAACACAGAGCUUCAUGGAGCAAGGAGAUAUACCCGAGGAUGCUAACGAGCAUUGCCCAGGUCCUCAGUCUGAUUCUGCUGGAAAAUCUGAUGCAUGUGAAGGAUGCCCAAAUCAGGAAAUUUGUGCUACUGCCCCUAAAGGACCUGACCCUGAUUUGGUUGCCAUUGCAGAAAGAAUGGCCACUGUGAAACAUAAGAUAUUGGUCUUAUCAGGAAAAGGAGGUGUUGGCAAGAGCACAUUUUCUGCCCAACUAGCAUUUGCUUUAGCUGCAAGGGAUUUUCAGGUUGGUCUUCUUGAUAUUGACAUUUGUGGUCCAAGCAUCCCAAAGAUGCUUGGUCUAGAAGGUCAAGAGAUACACCAGAGCAACCUUGGGUGGUCUCCUGUCUAUGUGGAGUCUAAUCUUGGGGUCAUGUCGAUUGGGUUCAUGCUUCCUAAUCCAGAUGAAGCUGUUAUAUGGAGAGGUCCUCGCAAAAAUGGGCUUAUCAAGCAGUUUUUAAAAGAUGUUUAUUGGGGUGAACUUGAUUUUCUAAUUGUUGAUGCUCCACCUGGAACAUCUGAUGAACACAUUUCAAUUGUUCAAUGCCUAGAUCCCAAUAAUGUAGAUGGUGCAAUCAUAGUUACCACUCCUCAACAAGUCUCUCUCAUUGAUGUGAAAAAAGAAGUGAAUUUUUGCAAGAAAGUUGGAGUGAAAGUUCUUGGGGUUGUAGAGAAUAUGAGUGGCCUGUCCCAGCCUAUCUCAAAUCUCAAGUUUAUGAAGGUUACAGAUAAUGGUGAGAUGAAAGAUGUAACAGAGUGGAUAUCCGAAUACAUGAGAGAAAAAGCGCCUGAAAUGCUGAAUCUAAUUGCCUGCAGUGAAGUAUUUGAUAGUAGUGGCGGUGGAGCGUUGAAGAUGUGCAAGGAGAUGGAGGUACCCUUUCUUGGUAAGGUUCCUUUAGACCCGCAGCUUUGCAAGGCAGCUGAAGAAGGUAGAUCAUGUUUUGCAGAUAAAAAUUGUGUUGUGAGUGCUCCAGCGUUACAAAAGAUAAUAGAUAAGUUGAUGGAAACUAGUGGGUUGUCAAUGACGGUAAGCAAUGGAGUGUAGGAGAUUUACUUCAUGUUCAUCUUUGUAAAUUGGAACCUUAUAGACAGAAAAUUCAUUUUUCUGUCUUAAGCCUGGUAAUAUUAAAUUAUACUAUGGAGUUAAGGCAAUUUGCGAGCAGGGCUAUUGUAUUUUAGACAGCUAUUUUACAAUGUAGUUUACAUUACUAUUUACAUUAAAAUAAUACCUUCAAUUUGUUUUUUGCA